CUUUUUCCCAGGCAUAUAUAAAGCAUGUAGAGGUAUGUGGAAGUUCAGCCAACUUUCCAUGUCUGGUACUACUAUUAUUACUCUCAAUUGUCUUCUUUCACCUAGCGGGGUAGCUCAAAGAUCAAAUUUAUCAGAAGGAAGUAUUACUACGCUUAAAAUCUCUACCAACGAAACAGUUGAUCAGUUAAGGAUUAUGAUUAGAGAAAGGUGGCCACAUUUAUUUGAAAAGGUUCCUCCUGCCGAGUUUUUACUCUGGAAGAUCAAUGAUACUGAGGGAGUUACAUCAAUUGAAAAGCAAAUUGAAAAAUUUGUUUGUGGGGAACGUCUAAACGAAACAGGAAUGCCUCCACAUGAGUUGAUUUCUACGCUCUUCCCCGAGCCACCCCUAAUGAUAGAAUUAAUAUUUAUGCCGACUUGGUAA